ACGCCGUGUGUGCGCGCUGCCGACGACGGUGCGCAGUGUGUUCUUUUUAUUUACUAGUGCCGGACACGAUGGGCUGUAGACAGCGCGGUCGAUGCACCGACUCGCCGCACACGAUCCGACGACGACGACAUGGUGUUCAAAGGUAACACGGGUAUACAAAUCAAGGUGUAUUAUAAUAUACGAUAUUUUACAAUAUAACACGACAUCCGAAGGCAAACAGUAUAUUAACUACAAAUUUCACUUCAACGCAAUCAUAUCGAGGGUGUAAGUCGGACGGCCUCACAUUCGGAAUUGUCGACGAAGAGUCCUGCAACAAUAUCAUACAUUACAUUGUUAUUGCUUUUUACGGUUUCGUUUUAGAUCGUAAACCUGGCUAUCGUCUCCAGUUUAAUGUCCCUGCAAUAUGUAUAUAUUUAUCACUAUUUAUAUUAUAUUAUGCUAUAUGCAUGAUGGUAUUACUCGUAUACAGUAGUGGUUGUAUAUUAUAUAAUAUUAUGCUUAACAGUUACGUUCGAGUGUAGACAACUCAACACCUAAAUAAACGCGAAGGCAUUUACUGACAUAAGCACAAAUAAAAUAUAUAUAUAUAUAUUAAUCGUAAUUACGUUAUUUUCCAAAGCUAUAGUCAAGAAUGCAGAUUUAAAAAAUAAAAAAUAAAAAUUAUGUUUUAUCGAACAAUUUUUUUUCUUCAAUUAUUUAAACACAAGUGAUAUAAACCCAUUAUUCCAGGCAAAAUUUAAUUAAAACACGUUUUUGUUAAUACACUCCAUAUACAAUUUAACAUUUUUAAAGUUAAAUAAUCUUGAAAGUCAGAUUUCAAACUCGGUAUGACCAUGUACUUACCUGCAUUAAUAAAUUACAUUUAACAUACAAAAUGAUAUUAAGUCUAAAAAAAAUAUAUUAAAAUAGAUAUGUAAUUUAAACUACAUUGUUUAUAUACGUGAGAUAUUUAAAUUUAUAAUGUAAUCUAUUAAUUAUCUUGAAAAAUUGUUGUAUAAUUAAAAAUACCUUGAUUACUAUUCAUUGAUAAUAUUCAAGUUCAACUAUAAUGAUUCAAUGACUCGUUUCAUUAAACGCUUUGCAUCGACUAUUUUUGAUACGUGGGACCAUAUGAAUGCCAGUCGUAAAAUAGGUCGAAAACUUAAAACUAGAGUAUCACUAUUGCUAUUGGUCUGUUUAGCAAUGCCAGCAGCUACAAAAGAUAACGAUUUAGACCUGACAACCGUUCCCAUUACCUCGUUAACCAUAAGACACUGUGGUAAUAUUCUAAUAGCCGCGAACACAAAAAUCAACGAGAUAUACAUGUCUACAAAAUUCCGCAAUCCUACGGAAGAACCGAUAAACUUGAACAGAAACAAUGACAUCAAAAUACUGAAACGAGUGCGAACGCAGCUAAAAGUAGCUAGAAACCAUUUUCGAAAUAAUCGAGAAGUAAUUGCUCGACUUUAUUCGGAUGUAAAGACCGUGAUGCAAACAAAUUAUCAUUACGAGUGGUUGCCCUCUCAGUCGCUGGUUUGGUACAAGAAACACGUCAAAAAGCUUGACAAGGACACCAAGGUGUUUAUACUUUUGCCCGUGCUACGGGAUUCAUUGCACAAUUUUUCAGUAACGCUCGAACAAAUGCGACAGUUCAGCGAAACACAUUUUGUAUCCAAUUACACAAUAAGAAAACUAAUGUUAGACGAUCUAUCCAAACAUCUUAUCGCAGUGCUGUGCGAGGUGGAGGCGGCGAUGGUAAGUCUGAGCACGUGGCACAACAGGAAGAUGCCCGACGGGCCACGGACAGUGAUCGUCGGCGGCCCAGGUUGGGACCCAAAUCCCGACCACACGACUAUGAUGAUCCAGGACUGGGGCGUGCUGACCAUUUACUAUAGGUUCCUAAAGGACUGGCUGCACAUCAGUCGGAAAAUGGUCCAAGACCAGACGGACCUGCACCAGCGAUGGUCAUCCGUCUCUGCGGCUGUCGUUCCCGACGACGAAGACGGCGACGAAAAUGACGACUCUUCUGCCGCCACCGUCGACAGACAGACACCUUCAACGCCGUUGCCGUGCAUCAGACACCGCAGAUGCGGUUCAUCCAAGCACAACAAGUUGCCCAAGACAUCCGGCUCGGUCACGUAGUUGCCGGUCCCCGAAGAAUUCGAACAUGAAUUAUUAAUUUAUUUAAACUUUUUAAGUCUGUACAUAUAUAUCAUAAUAUUAUAAUAUACCUAUUAUUUUAUUUAUAAUUA